AUGAAAAUAGCUAAGGAAGCUCAGAACCUCAUAGACACUGUGACAAAUAAUCAAUACUUCUAUGGUCAUCAAAGGCAAUGCCAACCAGCUCAAAGGAAGGGUGUAUUGGAGCUGGAAGGUGUGGAUACCACUUUAGCUCAAAACAAAGUGAUGCAUCAACAGAUUCAACAACAAAUGGAGAUGAUGGCCAAGAGGAUUGAUGGUCUUCAAGUUGCAGCAGUGAACACUCCAAAUCAACCACCAGCUGGGUGGGGGCAAAAUGAGGAAAUCUAUGAAGAACAGCAGCAAGAGCAAGUCAAUUAUAUGCACAACCAAGUGGCUGAAAGAGCACCCCAUGCAUUACCAAGUGACACCAUUCCUAAUUCUAAAGAAGAAUGCAAAGCAAUCCAAUUAAGGGGUGGAAGAACCUUGGUAAAGGAUAAAGAAACUAACAAGAAGCCUGUGGAGAAUGAUGAGGCUAGCAGCAAGGAAGAAGUGACACUUAAGGAGAAGGACCAAGAUAAGCUCAAGGAUAAAGAGGAACAUCAAGCUUCUAAGAAGGAAGAGAAGACUUACAUCCCUCCUUUGCCAUACCCUCAAAGAUUGCAGAAGGAGAUCAAAGACCAACAGUUCCCCAAGUUUCUAGAAGUUUUUAAGAAGUUGGAGAUUAACAUUCCACUUGCUGAAGCUCUAGAACAAAUGCCUCUAUAUGCAAAAUUCCUCAAAGAGCUUAUCAAUAAGAAAAGGAGUUGGAAUGAGAAAGAGACAGUGAUCUUAACCCAGGAAUGUAGUGCAGUGAUCCAAGAAGGCAUUCCACCAAAACUCAAAGACCCUGGGAGCUUCUUCUUGCCUUGUACCAUUGGUAACAUAAUCAUUGACAAGGCACUGUGUGAUUUGGGAUCCAGUAUCAACCUGAUGCCUAUGUCUAUGAUGAGAAGGCUAUGUAUAGAAGAAGUGAAGCCUACACAGAUGUCCUUGGAGCUAGUGGAUAGAUCCCUGGUGAUUCCCAAGGGGUGA